AUGAAGGAAAGAAGAAACGAAUUCAUCGAGGACCUCUUACGGUUCAACAUUGGUCAUGCACUCUGUGACAUCCUGGGGACAUCCAACGAGAAAUUAUUAAAUCCAGUCCUGGAGUGUCUUUCAGUCCUCUCCACGACGAAGACCUUCUUCGAGAACGACCUGGCGAACUUAUCCCUCGACAAAAUCAUGAAGACCUCAUUUUUUUUACUUCAAAAACGAACUCAAUACGAGGAGAUCCUCUGCAAGAUGUUGCUGACAGUGGAGAGUAUCCUGGUGAACGCUGAGAAGAACCAGAUGGACCUGGUGAAGAUGUGCGAGAUCACCAGGAUGCUAGAGUACCUCAGAGAUUUCGAAGCAGUGGGAGAUUGGAAGAUGAUGCCCAAGUUGUGUUCUGUGAGGAUUUUCAAACAAAUUAUUCAUGUAAUUGGCAUUCCCCUGGACGAUAUGAGCUUCGAGAUGGUCAGAAAGCUCUUUGAGGACCACCUGAAGUGCCUCGAGCAGAUCAUCGAGGUCAGGGGGAAUCCCAAUUGCCUCAUUACAAUCACUGCUAUCAAGCAUAUCUGCGAGAUCAACUGCAAAGCUGUUUGGUUCUGCUGGACCAUCCUCGACAGCUACGACUCCGACAUUUUCGUCCUCCCUCCUCCGAAGUCCCUUCACAAAGCCCUCAUCCUCUCCCUGACCACGACAGCCUCAAACUCCCUCAUAAAAUCAGUCCUCCCCCACUUCAAACAGCUCUCCCCCACCAGCAAGGACUUGCAGGUGAUCCGCGAGGGCUUUCUCAGCUACCUGAACCAGCUCUACGAUCUGGGGGACGUGCCCACCCAGGACCUCUCAAGGACCCUCGCCACCGAGGGCUACCUGAUGCUCCUCUUCCAGGAGGGGAGGAGCCAGCUCCUCCAGAGGAUGAACUGGUUCCCCAAUACUGUCUCCCACGUUCUCUCCAAGGUUCUCACGGAUCUGGCGGUGAUGGAGGGCUCCCUCGGGGUUGACGUCAUCCCAGGGGACGUCGAGGUGUUCAGGGACUCUCUCCUCCAGGGAAUCCUCACCUCCAUUGAGUCAGAGCCCAUGAAGAACUCCAGUGGUUUCUUGACUCUUGUCUACUUUCAUCACAAGUCAACGAAAAGCGAGAUUGAAGUCCCCUUCGAGGUGAUCGUGGGGAAGAUCCUGGGGACUCCUGAGGGCCACUUCAGGGUUGCCGAGGUCAAAGUUCUCUGGUUCCUCGUGGCGAAGCUCAUGCUCAGGGAGAGGGAGAGACCCAGGGGACUCUCCGAAGCUGUCGCCAAGCUUUUUGGGACUGUCAAGGACCUGGGGGUCGACAGGUGCUUCCUCGAUGAUGAGGAGGUGGUGAAGAGCGCUCUGGGACAUCCUCUGGGGCACGACGUCAGGGGCGAUGUCCUGAAGAUGUGGAUUCAAAGGCAUGGAGAGGUGGAGAACGUCUGCGAUGACUUCACUCAGGAUAAUCUCAUUUUCACUCUUUGGAGAUUGAUUGAAACUUCGCCCGAGGGGUUCGUCGGGAAGGUCCAGAAGUGCCUGGAUGUCAUAAUCAGCAAGAAGAACCUCCAAAAGGACAUGAAAUAUUUUUUCCUGCCGAGGAUUCCGGACAUCCUCGCUGGCUUCAGCAACUCCAAAUCCCACAAUUUCGUUUCGAUUUUUGAACUCUUCGAGCGACUGGCCCCUGAGGAGUUUCCACGGGAGUUUGGGGUCCUCUGUGCCCCCAAAGUCAUCCGCAUACUCCUCGGGGAGGGGCUGGACACGAGGGUGAAAGGCCCCCUCAUGAGAUUCAGCUCCAGAAUUCUCUCGUCCAGUGGACGUCACUCAGACCCUAGAGUGGCCAGGAUUUUCGUUGGGAAGCCUGAGGUCAUCAGGGAAAUCUGCGCCCAGGGGUUCAGUUCGGAGAGCGAGGGGGCACUCUCUGGGGCCUGCCUGAGGGUCCUGACGAUUCUCCUAGUGACGCAGCAGAAAUUUCAGGUCAAGAGCGAGGAGACCGUGGCCCUGGGGGAGAUGCAGCUGUACAGCCCUCUGAAGAGGCCUCUGGUGGUGGCCCUGGAGGCUGUGAGGUUCCUGACUAUUCUGCUGUCAGAGGGUGUUGAGGGCCCAGUGGUGAAGCUCGAGGGGUUCAGUAGUGAGGCUCGAAGGGACGAGAUCAUCUAUGGGAUCUACGACAGGGUGAUGGCACUCCAGGCUAUGUGUGCUUCAGAGCACUGGAUCCACCUCUACAACAGUCUCUCGACAAUCCUCAAGUUCUGCGAGCGCAGGAGGUUCAGGAAACCCCUCACCCUCUGCUGCGACUCCCCUGCCCACUUCUUCCUCGUCUUGUUCGCCACCCAGAAGUUCGACACUUCACCACAAUUCUUCAAUUUUCUGAACCACUGGCUGACAAUAUCGACUUCCAUCCCCACUGACAAUGUCCAGUACGCAUUGAGGUACAGAGAGGAGCGAAGAAGAAACGAGCUAGACCCCGAUCUCCCAUUUGGAAGGACUCUCCAGCUUCUGAAUGUUUUCAUUAAUCAUCUGAGAGACGACUCCAAGGUUGAUCAAAGUCUUCUUGAGCCUCUAAAAGCUUUGGUGGAGAAACUCAUCUGAGACAUGAAAAAAAUAUUUUUAUUCAAAAGAUUCGCUUUAUCAAUUUUUCAUUGAUAUUUCAUUAAGAUUCCAACAAUUGUUCGAGGAUUCUAACUUUGCUGGAAAUUUUCAUCUGAGGAUUAAAAAACAAUUUCUUCAAUGUUUUGUUGCACUAUUAAGAAGAUUUACUAUUAAUUAGAGGAUUCAUACUCCGAUGAAAAACCCCUUUUCACCGACAAAAGGACAAUUUUCACUUGAUAAAUUCGUUUUAUUAACUUUCAUGAACAUUUCCUUACAAUAUUAAUAAGACAUUAACAUUAAUUCGAGGUUUCCAUGACCGAUUGAUAAUUAUUAAGACCGUUAAAUCCUAAAAAAGUGAUUGUACGUAAUUACGAGUGAUAGUACAGCAUCCGAAAUGAUGUCCCCAUCAAUGAGACGUAUCUCCAAAGUACGUGAGACAGUUUAAGUCCCCUUCAUCGUACGCUCAUAAUGCAUUAAAUGUGCAUAAUGGAGUAUUUUCUGAAGGAUUAUUGGGAUUAUGUCCUUGGAACGGGAUUUAAGCGUAUGUUUUAUCUCGCUUUGUCUGAAUAACUUCAGCUGAAAGGGGAUUUAGUUAUUCUAAGGGGUUUUAGAAAGAGAAAAUUGCGUUGAAAAUACUUGUAUUAAAUAUUUUUUUUUUAUGAAUAAAGAGAUAUUUCGUUGAA